GGCCAGCGAGCGCAAGGGCGGAGGGGACAGUGCGAGCCGAGGGCACAGGCGCGGCGGUGGCGGCAGCCCGGGCGCACCAUGGCCGAGCUGCUGUGGAGCCUGCAGGACUCCCAGCUUGUCGCCCGCUUCCAGCGCCGCUGCGGGCUCUUCCCGGCGCCGGAUGAAGGCCCCCGCGAGAACGGCGCCGGCCCAGUGGAGGGCGCGGCGCUGGUGCCCGGGGUUGGACAUCACUCUGCCACCAGCCGCAAGGGCGCUGAGGGGCCGGCCAAUGGGCUGCGGAGAGCCCAGGCCCCGCAGGCUUAUGAACAGAACUACAUCGUGAAGAAUUAUUUCUACUAUUACCUAUUCAGAUUUUCGGCUGCUUUGGGUCAAGAAGUGUUCUACAUCACAUUUCUUCCAUUCACUCACUGGCAUAUCGAUCCUUUUUUAUCCAGAAGACUGACCAUCAUAUGGGUUCUGGUCAUGUAUAUUGGUCAGGUGGCCAAGGAUAUCUUGAAGUGGCCCCGCCCCUCCUCCCCGCCCGUCGUGAAACUGGAGAAGAGAGUGAUUGCUGAGUAUGGAAUGCCAUCUACCCACGCCAUGGCAGCCACCGCUAUCUCCUUCACCCUCCUCAUCUCUACCGUGGACAGGUACCAGUAUCCCUUUGCUUUGGGGCUGAUGAUGGCUGUGGUGUUUUCCACGUUGGUGAGUCUCAGCAGGCUUUACACGGGGAUGCACACAGUCCUGGAUGUGCUGGGUGGCGUCCUGAUCACCGCGGUCCUCAUCGUCCUCACCUACCCUGCCUGGACCCUGAUCGACCACCUGGACUCGGCCAGCCCUCUCUUCCCUGUGUGUGCCAUCAUCGUGCCAUUCUUCCUGUGUUACAAUUACCCCGUGUCUGAUUACUACAGCCCCACCAGAGCGGACACCACCACCAUUCUGGCCGCUGGGGCUGGAACCACCAUAGGAUUCUGGAUCAACCAUUUUUUCCAGCUCGUGUCCGAGUCCACGCAAUCUCUCCCUGUUAUUCGGAACAUCCCAUCGCUCACCACCGACAUGGUAGUGUUAGGUCUGACCAAAUUUGCUGUGGGAAUUGUGUUGAUCCUCCUGGUCCGUCAGCUUGUACAGAAUCUCUCACUGCAGGUGUUAUACUCGUGGUUCAAGGUGCUGACCAGGAACAAGGAGGCCAGGCAGAGACUGGAGAUCGAAGUGCCUUACAAGUUUGUCACCUACACGUCUGUCGGCAUCUGUGCGACCACCAUUGUGCCAAUGCUGCACAGGUUUUUGGGAUUACUCUGAACCUCGAACAGUUGGAAAUUAACCCACUGGACAAGGGCAAAGAUACUGAGUGGGGCAAGUCUUGACAACACAUUUUUCUUAAAAAAAAAAAAAAAUCCUAAAGUCCUGUCUGUUUUGCUAAUAUCUGUGAUAAAUGCAGCUGCUGUAGGAAAGGAAAAAUUGCCUCGUAGUCACUGUUAGGAUGUAGGAGUCACGCUCCGGGGGAAGCCAGGCUAAAAUCCACGGUCAAGUUCUCUACGGUCUCCCUACUCUGUCUGUUAACUGGGACUUUGGACCAAAUCAUGAAUCGGCAGGAAUCGUGGCCUGGAUUUUAAGAACGGCCACCAGCCCCACCAAGCUCUGGAGAGAUGGGCAGGAUCUGAAAGACUGGAGGUCGAGCAUUUCUUUUCAGUUAUGACCUUGCCCAGCACUGAGUCCCAUUUCCGAAAUUGGAACUUAGGGCCGGGAGAGAGGGUGGAGCCAUGUAAAACUGCGUCCCUUUGAUAGGGUGACUUUCUUGUCAUUAUGAUGAAAGUGACAGGCCGCCCGCUCGAGUGGUAAGAACACAGCAAACCUCCCUGCAAAGCCAUGAAAGGCGGGGGUGAAGCCACAAGGUCACGGGCAAUUGCCUGCUUCCCUCAUACAGCCCCGUCUCCGCAGGCGUGGAUACUGAAAUGGGGUUCUGCUUCUCCUCGUUUGUGCAUUCACAAGGCUCCAGGUACCUGCACGAUGCUCUUCUGAUUCAUGAAACCAACUGGCUGCUCCCGCCACACCAGGAAGAUGGGGUCAGCCUUCAUCCACGGCAGGUACCUCUGGGCUUCUCUGUCCUGCUCUCCCGCUCCGGGGAUAAGUCCUCUCUGCCCAGCGUCAGCUCGUUUGUUUGUUCCUUGCAAACUGAGAUGGCAUCGUCGUCUGCAUGGGAAAGUGGAUCAGCAAAAGAACCGAUGAACAACCCUCCCGGGGCCUGACCAAGAAGGACUAGACCUUGGGUCAUCGCCCGAUCCUGACGAGGCCUCCCUGACAUCGCUCCUCCAUUUCUCAGUUAUUUCCUGUAAAUCCUUUUUUCAUCUAGUAAAUAGAAUCAGGGGCUCCCUU